CGGCUCUGACGUCACCGCCCCGGAGACAGGCAAGGGGCGUAGCGGGAGCUGCGUUCCGCACUCGCAGGGGAGUCGUGUGGACCCCGCGAGGGACGCGACCGGACCCGGCAUGGACGGCCCGCAGCCGGACGAGGGGACCCUGGUCCCCCACGAGCGCGGCCUGCGCGAUGCUGACAGCGUCCCGGGGAGCCCGGGCCGGCGUCCGCUGCUCGGCGAGGAAAGCUCGGCGACCGUGGUGACAGGUGAGGGCGGCGCGCAGACCGCGGCGAGCCCGGCGUCCCCGGGCGUCGUGGGCCCUGAGCCCCAGGUGCGGGUGACCGCAGCCGGGCAGGGAGAGACUCCGCCUGCCGCCGAGGGUCCCCCGGCAGCCGCGUCAGCCGCCCCCAAAGGCGGGGAGAAGGCCGCAGAAAGCCGGGGCGCCGAGGCCGACGGCCUGAAGACCCAGCAGGGCGCCGUCGCCGUGGCAGCUGUAGAGGAGCGGGCUCGGGUGGCAGUGGCGGCGGAGGGACCGGAGGAGGUGAUGGAGCUGGAGCCCGCGGGGGGAGACGCGGAGAUGCUGGAGGAGAGCGGAGGGGUGAGGGAGGCGGAGGAGGAGGAGGCCGGGCCCUGGCAUCUGGGCAUAAAUCUCCGCAUGAACCCCCUGGAGGCCAUCCAGCAGGAACUGGACACUGUGAAUGCGCAGGCUGACCGGGCCUUCCAACAUCUGGAGCAGAAGUUUGGGCGGAUGCGGCGGCACUACCUGGAGAGAAGGAACUACAUCAUUCAGAACAUCCCCGGCUUCUGGAUGACCGCCUUCCGGAACCACCCGCAGCUGUCCUCCAUGAUCAGGGGUCAGGAUGCAGAGAUGCUGAGGUACGUCACCAACCUGGAGGUGAAGGAACUCAGGCACCCGAAGACCGGCUGCAAGUUCAAGUUCUUCUUCCGGAGGAACCCCUACUUCAGAAACAAGCUGAUCGUCAAGGAAUACGAGGUUCGGGCGUCUGGCCGAGUGGUGUCCCUUUCCACCCCGAUCAUAUGGCGGAGGGGGCACGAGCCGCAGUCCUUCAUUCGCAGAAACCAAAACCUCAUCUGCAGCUUCUUCACCUGGUUCUCAGACCACAGCCUUCCGGAAUCCGACAGAAUUGCCGAGAUUAUCAAAGAGGACCUGUGGCCAAACCCACUGCAGUACUACCUGUCCCGUGAGGGAAUCCGGAGACCCAGACGCCGCCCAGUAAGAGAGCCAGUGGAGAUUCCCAGGCCCUUUGGCUUCCAGUCAGGCUAACCUUUGCCUUUGAAAAUGCUGCCGGAACAGGCUGCUUCUCACCUGUGCUUGAGCAAAUGCUACCGGUAUGCCGUGUUCUUGAUUUUUUCCCCCCUCGUGACUUUUCUGCGUCUUCUGCAUCUCACCCUCAAGAUUAAGACUGUGGACAUGCUGCUGCUGUCACAUGGCCUCCAUGCCGUUCUGUGGUAGUGUCUGCUAGCUCAUGGUGUUUCAGACCCUUUCGAAGCUUAACUCGUGAUACUGAAGAUCACGCUGCUUUCACACUGCUCGGACCCUGUUGAUUUCAGUCUGGUACCUACUUGCUGCCACCUUCGUCUAGGGAGCCCUUCCAUUUACCUGUUGAGCAUGUGGCAGUGUGGACACCAAGUUUGCAGACAGUUGCUUGGCAUUAAUGAUACUGCAGGAGAGCAAGUGGGCGGUUUUCCCGACGCUCUUCCUGCACCACCUUCUAAUACUGCUUGCCGUGGCUUAUACCAAGCUCCACCCUCUCCCACCUUCUUCUUGUUGUUUUAAAUGAAUAGAAGUAGUUCAGAAAUAUCUGCAAGGUCAGCAUUUGUAGUCCAUUUAGACUGGGAGCAUUUCCAGAGAGGAUGCUCAGAGAGGCUGCAGAACUCUGGCUGCCCCAUCUCCUCUCUUCCCAACUCCCCAGCCAGGCUAACAAGGCCUAAACAGGGUCAUAGGGAGACGGAGUUAGGUGGAAACAGGUGAGACUUCCCUGUAAUGUAUGGAAGAACUAGAGAGAUUAUGAUGGCAUGGAAGAACUAGAGAGAUUGUGAUGGCUACCCUAAGCAGGGAAAAUGAACUGAUCACAUUAAGUCAGAUAAAAACUGGGCUGAUGAUAAAGACAAGGUUGACUAAGAGCUUUCAAGUCCAAGGGUGAUGUGAAGAGAAAUGCUUUCUCAGGAUUGCAAUAGAAAAAUUAUAGCGAGUUUUGAGUGCUAAAUGUUGCCUAGACAAUGGUUCUUUGAAGAAAUAGUACAAGUUUGAGUUGUUUUCUUCUAUUUAUAUGUGACUUGAUGUAUCUAAAAGAGUAACAUUGUGCCCAUAUUUUACUAGCAUUUAGUAAAAGGCUUCUUGUUCUGUUUACUGGGAAACUUAAAUUACUUUCUUUUUCAUUUAUUUGAAACCAUUUGGAAGAACAAUAGUCUUGACAAUACUGAGACAAAUGAGUAUUCAUAAUAAUUUUCAAUAUUAAUCUAAAUUCUUAGAAAUGUAGUUUAGAUAAUUUGGUCUUUAUCAAGUUUGUCCAAUUAUUGUCUUCAUGGAAAAAUAGAUAUGUGACUUGAUAUUCUUGGUAGCCUCUUAAAUUACACAACAGUUGUAAAAGUGCUCUGUCAAAUUAAAACUGUACUAUGAGAUAUUUGUUGCCAUUUAUAUGCAAGAUGGUGAAUAAAAGCAUGGCACUCCC